AUGCCGCUAAAAUUUGAUGAUAUUCACGAGAAAAUUGAAACCGGCGUCUACCAAUUGGCUGUUAAUGACAAAAGCACACGGAGCACUGUGUGGCGGGUGUAUCGCAAGAUCAAGAAGGACGAUGGCAGCUUUCUGGAACACGUACUGUUCUGCAUCGGCUGCAAGAGUAUUAUGUCCUUCACCCACAAAUCCACAACGAACUUGAGGCGCCACCGCUGUCACCUGCAGUAUCUAAAGAAACAGGCAUUUUACUGCUACAAUUCUAAGGGCGAAUCCACCGACAGAAAGGAGGAGACGGACCAGGAGCAUCAUGAGGAACAGGAUGACCAGCAAUCCACGUCUGAUGAGUUAGAAACAAAACCCUCUCCUGCCGAUGUUGCUGCCUUUGUGGCGGAAGCGGUCAGCGGCGGGGAUUCCAAUGCAGCUUCAGCCCGUAUUACGGACAUUCCCGAGAUCGCGCUACCACUCGACGCAAGGGGGGUCGAGGAGUCCAAUGUUUAUGCACAGACCUGGUCCCUUGAGUACCGCAAACUCAGCGAGGACCAAAAAUUCUACGCUAAAAAAGCUAUAGACGAAAUCUUCGUAUUGGGCAGGCUACGACGCCUCACACUGAAUACGGUUCCAACGGCGGAGUAGAUUAGUUAAUCAGGAUUAAGUAGGACUUUAUUUAAGCUAAUAUACAUACUCUGUACAUAUUGUAUUUAAUCUUUAAGGUCGUAUCGCAAAGUCUGGGAUAUAUCGCAAUAAAUUAUUUGAUAAUUUGA